AUGCACAACGACGUCAGAAUGAGAGAGAUCUCUCAUCAAAUCCAGCCCCACGACGAAUGGAAACUUGAACAAGGUUUGGCGCCUGCAGAGCUGCCUCUCCUCGACCAGACCAUACCGCCAGAGCAGCGGUACAAACAGGCCCAUGCCGUUCCCAAGGUCAAAGAGGUCGCCCCGACUCAAGACAGUGAGGAUGAAGAAGAUGCCGCCAAGGCCGACGACAUUGCAGCAGCCGAUGAAGACCCAGCCGUGAUAUUUGCCGAGGAACGUCCAGGUUGGCGUGGGCAAGUUGCGCCGGGCUUCGGCGAUGCUCAACUAUCCUACACCGGAUCCGUGGACCGUGUUUUUGCUGAGAACUGA